CCCCUGGCUGACUCAGGCGCCGCAACCUUCCCUUAAAUGCUCGCGCCGAGGACGGGGGGAACCGGCUUGGCCGCGCAGGAAGCAGCUGCAGCUCCAGGACCGCUGCGCUGAGCAUGGCCAGGCUGCCCCAGCAUCUCCUCCGGCUGCUGCUCUGGGGCUGCCUCUGCCCGGCCUCCGACGCCGGCCUCUACUUCAGGGAAGGGCAGCACUGCUACAAACCGGCCCCGCGCAGGCCGCCCGGGCUCAGAACCUACCCUCGACCUCACGAGUACCUGGACAUCACUAAACUUCCCCCGAGCUGGGAUUGGCGAAAUGUAAACGGGACCAAUUUUGCCAGUACCACUCGGAACCAGCACAUUCCUCAAUACUGUGGGUCUUGUUGGGCUCAUGGCAGCACCAGUGCCUUAGCAGACCGCAUCAACAUUAAGAGAAAAGGUGCUUGGCCUUCUGCCUACCUCUCUGUUCAGAAUGUUAUUGACUGUGCCAACGCAGGGUCCUGCGAAGGUGGAGACCACACAGGUGUUUGGAUGUAUGCUCACGACCAUGGCAUUCCAGAUGAGACCUGUAACAACUACCAAGCCAAAGACCAAACAUGCAAGAAGUUUAACCAGUGUGGAACAUGUGUUACCUUUGGGGAAUGCCACGUGAUAAAGAACUACACCCUCUGGAAAACUGCUGACUAUGGCUCUGUCAGUGGGAGGGAAAAAAUGAUGGCAGAAAUCUAUGCCAAUGGUCCAAUCAGUUGUGGCAUAAUGGCUACUGCACAGCUGGAUGCGUACACUGGAGGACUUUAUGCUGAAUACAACCCCUCUCCUAUGGUGAAUCACAUUGUAUCUGUGGCUGGCUGGGGAGUGGAAAAUGGAACUGAAUACUGGAUUGUCCGCAACUCCUGGGGCGAACCAUGGGGUGAACUGGGCUGGCUGAGGAUUGUGACAAGCACAUAUAAAGGUGGAAAAGGAGCUGAGUACAAUCUCGCUAUUGAAGAGGAUUGUGCCUACGGGGAUCCUGUAUUACCUUGAUUGUUUCUAGGGUACUUUCUGGCUUUGAAAUUUUAUUUUUUUCCUCUCUCCAAUCAAGUUGUUUUUUUUUUGUUUUUUUGUUUUUAAUUAAAAGGCAGUUUAACUAUUCUGUAGUAAAGAAUGACCAGGCAGUUAAGAGGAAUUAGCUCAGAUCACCAUGAUGUUUUAGAAGUGGAAAAAGUGCCUCUAGAUUUUUAACUUACACUGUGUAUUUAAAAGCCGCUGUUAAGACAAAUUUGCUUAUCCUCUGCUUUGUGUGCCUGGUACUUACCAAGCAACUUAUCAGAAGUUAUAGGUACAAAUCCUCUCAUUGGAAAAAUCAUUCUUUCUUGUCAAUAUUUAAUCUGAAGGAAUAUAUAAGAUUUGUUUUACACUUGUAACAAAGGAGGUUUUCCUUCUAGUACAAACUUUAAAGUUUACUUUAAGCAAGAGGUACUGAUUUCUUUUAAAAAUUUGGGUUUAGACUUGCAAAUUAUAUAUACAAAGUACAAUAGCAAAGUAAAUAUCACUGAGCUACAUAAAUGCAGAAACCGUACUAUGUUUUUUGUUCUCUAUUUUAAAACUCUGUCCUAUAGUCACAUCCUAUUGUUUCACUAAGGCAUGUGUUGCAUUGCAGAUUGUCAUUUUUAUCUGACUGAAAGUGAUGCAACAGUAACCAAAUCUCUUUAAAACUACUGGAAAAUGUUUAAUAUAAGCAAUGAUUGUUAUUGCCUGAUGCUUUCUUUACUCUAAUUCUAGGCUUUGGUAUUUGAAUGGCUGUGCUAUUUUUCUGUACAAGGACAAUGACAGGUUUUUUUAAGGGGGGGGGAGAAUGGGAACAGGGUUCUAAUGAGACACAGCUUUUAACAUGUGCUUUUAGCAUACAAGGGAAGAUGGUAUGUUAUCUUCCUCUUUCCUGCUUACUCAACCUCAUGUGCCUAGUUAUGUAAUGGUGUAAAUUACAACCAAACCAUAUCAAACAUUAACUGAAUCACAGUUGUUAAACUGACAUUGUUUCUUAUGUGAAGUGAUUAGAGGGUGCACAAGUGGAUUGUAAGAGUUUAAUGGAAUUUGUUUCUCAGCAUUAAGUUAGUGGUACCUAUGGCAGCAUCUCUUGGCAGGGCACAGACAAGGUUUAAACAGAAUCUGUACUUUAGUUAAAUGCCACCAUGAGGUGCCAGCGAAGGAUGGGUGGGGGAAUAGAGCCACCUUCAAUGAUUGCAUGUGUAUAUGAGUGAACUAAUGACACCUACAAUUUGCACAGAAACUGAGUGCCCCAUGUCACCAAGGGUCCUGCUCUUGGACUGAGAUGCUAAACAACCACAACAUACUAAAUGUGGCAGUAUGUACUGAAGGUCACAUUUACCUAGAACAGAGAUUAGGGUCUGCAUUUCAGGUACGCUACAGCACAGCAGGGAGCUACAGACUUCUGUUUUCCAUUUUGGCAAGUUAAGAAGAAACUGAUCUUCCAAUGUCUUAAAACAUCUCUAAUUUGAGGAGCCAGCUGCUUUUUUGUUUUAAAUAAAAAUGUAAUUGUUCACCUG